AUGAUGGUGGGCAGCAGUGUCGCUUCAGGCUCGCGUACAGCUGCUCGCGUAGCCCGGCCACUUUUCAGAGCGAGAAUUGCUCCAGUAGCGGUUCCGCUGCUGCCGAGAUUACCGGGCUACGUCCCUCGACUCCUGCACACCUCGCCUCUGCGUCGGGAUGCUGCGACCAGCACAGGCACAGCCCCAUUGAGCGGAGCACUGGCAGCGAACGAUAAGGGCUCCUUCAAGGAUCCCGUCACACGAUAUGAGCAUUUGGUAUCUACCGGUAUCUUGAAAGCGGACGACCAUCAACGGUCCAUCAUACAACAUCUUCAAAAACUACACUCGAGACUCUUGACAUAUGAUCCCGGACCAAUGCCUCCUCAGCCCACAGAAGUUACCCCUUCCUUCUUCGGCAAAUUCUUCUCGCGUCAACCCGUUGUGCCGGACCCGACGAUACACAUCGACUCCGUACCUAAUGGUCUAUACCUCCACGGAAGCGUCGGAACGGGAAAAACUAUGCUCAUGGACCUCUUCCACUCGACGCUACCGCCACAUUUCCGCGGGAAAGGUACUGGCGAAACAGGGGAAUACGGCUCGACCCGGAUACACUUCCACAGCUUCAUGAUGGAUGUCCUGCAGCGGCAGCACACGGUAAAGAGCAGGUAUGAGGCUGCGGGGAUGGGUCAGAGGGAUGCGAUGCCCGAGGUGGCGAGAAGUCUGGCUGCCGAGGGGAGAGUGCUUUGCUUUGACGAGUUCCAGGUGACGGAUAUCGUGACAGCUAUGAUCCUCCGCCAACUGCUGGAGCGCCUGAUGGGCUUCGGCGUAGUCUGCAUCAUGACCUCAAAUCGGCAUCCCGACGAGCUCUAUAUUAACGGUAUCCAGCGACAAUCUUUCAUCCCAGCUAUAGAACUUAUAAAACACCGCUUCGGUGUAGUGGACCUCAACUCUCCGACCGACUAUCGGAAGAUCCCCCGCGCACUGUCUAAGGUCUACUUCGACCCCCUCACGCCCGGCGUUGACGCCGAACUCUCCAAGCUAUUCGACGCCCUCACGAAAUCCGACCCAAUAUCCACCAACGUCGUCUCGAACCGGAAACUACCAAUCUGGGGUCGGACCCUGACGGUCCCGGAGUCGAGCGGCUCAGUCGCCCGAUUCAAGUUCUCGGAUCUUUGCGAUGCGCCUCUGAGCGCUGCGGACUAUCUGCAGGUGGCGGGGACGUUCCCAACCAUCUUUGUGCAGGAUGUGCCGAGGUUAGGCUUGGGGGAAAGAGAUCAGGCUAGGCGGUUUAUCACCUUCAUUGACGCAUGCUAUGAGAAUAAGACGAAGCUUUUCAUCUCGUCCGAAGUACCAAUUCAUCAGGUCUUCUCGGAUGACAAAUCAAAAAACGCGGGAGAUGAUGCUCAUAUGCGAGCAAUCAUGGACGAUCUUGGACUAUCAGCCGAGACUGUCGGCGCAUCGUCGUUGUUCUCAGGGGACGAAGAGAUGUUUGCUUUCGCUCGUUGCGUCAGUCGCUUAUCGCAAAUGGGGUAUGUGUUUCUCUCAGAAAUGGGGGUACAGGAUCAGCUGCUGAUGCUUGACAGUACAAAAGAAUGGGCAGAGGGGAUGCAGUGA